AUGAUUAGGACUAGGACGGUACAGCUGUACUGCGGCGACGAAAUCCUAGAGUCCGCCUUCGAACAGCGGCCGGACAAGCUUUGCGUCCCUCGGCAGCUCGCGGAGUUGAUGCGGCUGCCGCUGCAGGAGGCCCCGAUGUUCUACGUGGACUGCCAGGGCCGCCUGCUGGACAAGUACGAGCCUACCGUCAAGGAGCAGCGGGCCGUGGCCUUCACGAGCUGGAACGGCCACGCCUUCUUCUACAAGUCCGCCCGCACCGUCGCGAAGUGCGGCGUUCUUGCGGCACCGAACCACGUCGACCCCGUGGCAGAUCCGGUCCGGUUUGUGGCUGUUGAGGUGGAAGACCAGCGGGGGGAGCCGGGGCGACUCCACGUAGGCCUUGUAGGCCCGCCGGCUGAAGCGGGAUUCGAGCGUCGUGGGGUGGGAGAACUCCAGGGCUGUUUUGUUCCGGUGACACUCGAGGCACAGGGCCUGGAGGGUUUGGGCCUGAGCGGAAUAGGACUGGUGCACGGGGACGACGUGGUCCAGCUCGCAGGUCGUCCUGUCGAUGGGGGCCGCGCAGAGCUUGCACAGGUGGUCCUGCUCGGCGAGGACGGCCUCCCGCGAUCCGGGCGGAUCCCGCCGCGCCUUGAGGAGGUGGAGGAAGACCUCGCUCGCCGCGCCCGCGAGGCGCUGGCCCCGGUAGGGGAGCCUCAGCCGCCCCAUCCAGGCCUCCAGCACCUCCGCGUCCUCGUCGAGAUUGGAGAUCACGCAGUCCCCGCCGCCGCGGACGCGGAGGCGCAGGCAGCGCCACUCCGAGAGGCUGCGCAUGACCACCUUCGGGCAGUGGCCCUCGGCCAGCAGCUCGCCCCGGACCCGCGCCAGGACAACGUCGAGCCGGCCCGCAAGGGCCACCUGGCGGACCUCACCUACGUGGAGCUGAAGCAGGACAGGCGGUGCGCGGUCCUCCCGCGGCUCCCGUACGUGGGCCGUGGGUGGUACGCCAAGCCGGCGGCGGCCUACAUGCUGGAAAGGGGCAUCGCGACCUGGGCCGACUUCGCCUGGAGCCUGGACGACACGGCGCACGUGGACCAGGAGUCCGUGGCCCAGGCCCUGCAGCAAAUGGAGGAGGCGUGGCCCGAGGGCGAGGAGCACUACGCCAAGCUGUCGGUCAACGCCCUCAUCGGCCUCUGGGCGCGCAACAUGGACCUGAUCCACACGAUGCGCACCAGCAACCACGAGUACGACGGCUCCGGGUGCCAGUACCGGGAGCUCUUCGUGGACACCGCCGGGGGGAUGCACCGGGACCACAUCUACGUCACGCAGCUGCUGUCCAACAAGAGCUGCCGGCCGAUUCACGACUUCGUCAUGUCCUCGGAGUACGUCGCGGUCGCCCGGAUCCGGGACGCCCUGGCGACGGUGCCGCCCAAGUACCUCAAGGCCAUCAAAACCGACUGCGUGGUCUUCCAGCACCUGCCCAAGAAAUACCAGCCCUUGUUGGACGGCCUCGUCCGCAAGAAGCACCCCGACGGCACGCCCGUGUACCGGUGCGAGGAGGUCAAGGCCCUCGAGGGCCAGUACCGGAACCCGUGCAUCGAAGCGGAGCCCGUGAGCAGCCCGUCCGACUGGAAGCUCGCGGAGGACCCGGUGCUCCACUGCCUCGAGGGCGAGAGCCUGCUGCUGACCGGCUACCCCGGCACCGGCAAGACUCACCUGGCCCGCCAGAUCGUGACCCGCCUCCGGGAGGAGGGGUUCCGGGUCAAGAUCAUCACGAAGACCCACUCCUCCGUGCAGAACUUCGGCAUGCAGGCGGAGACGGCCGACCACUGGGUGCGGAGCAGCAUCCGGAACGGGUACUGCAACGUGGACUGGCUCGUCGUGGAGGAGAUCACGAUGCUCGACACCGGGCUCUGGAGCGACAUCGCCUGCCUCUCCAUGAACCGCCAGGUCAACUUCCUGCUGCUCGGCGACUUCCGACAGUUCCCGGCGGUGAUGGACAACUUCGCCGGCGCUCAGGUCAUCCGAGAGCUGAAAACCUGCCAGCUGCUCCACGACCUCACCCGCGGCUGGCACCACCAGCUCACGGAAAACAGAAGGAGCGACCCCGGCAUCUUCGACUUCCUCCCAUAA